UUUUGGAGAGGCUGAAGCAGAGGGGCACAAGUGCAGAUGAAAAGAGCUCACAGAAACUACUUCUCCAAACUCUGAUACAACUACCAGACCUCCAUAAUAAAGAUGGGUGGACAGAAGCUGUGGACAUUGCUGGUAGCUAUGGCGCUGCUGGUGGUAACAGUCAUGGCGGCUGAAGGCGGCAAAGCUGAAAAAACUGGGAAGAAGGAGCGCAGGUCUGACUGCGGGGAGUGGCAAUGGAGCGUGUGUGUGGCCAAUGUGGGUGAUUGUGGACUGGGCACCAGAGAGGGCACCCGCACUGGCACUGACUGCAAGCAGACCAUCAAGACCCAGCGCUGCAAGAUCCCAUGCAACUGGAAGAAGAAGUUUGGAGGAGAAUGCAAGUAUGAGUUCGACGCGUGGGGGGAGUGUGAUCUGGCAACGGGGAAGAAGAACAGAACAGGGGUGCUCAAGAGGGCGCUCAUGGAUGCAACCUGCGCUUCCACAGUUACAGCCACCAAGCCUUGUGGGAAAAUCCCCAAGACCAAGCUGCAAGAUGCCAAGAAGCAAAAGAAGGAGGGAAAGAAGCGAGACCGUGCUCAAAUGGAUUAACGCCUCUGAUAAGCCCUGUUAAACAUGUUCAACUCAUCUUUGUAUAUUCUGUAGUGACUGUAGAAUUUUAUAGUCAUUUGUCAGUAGUGUGUGUAUAUUCAGAAAGCAGCUCUUUUGUUAUGUAGAUAUAUAAUCCUUAAUACCAAUAGUGUGCACAUGAGAGAACAUGAACCACUGAUAAUUGUGCUUCUUUCCCUUUCUUAAGAGACUGGUAUUACCACUGCCUGACUUUAAGUCCACAAAUUCUUUGUUCUAUAGCACAACUUAAUUAAGCAGUUUGUUCAAACUGAAAAAACUCUCACUGCUUACAUUUUAUAUGUAAACACAUAAUAAUGAAUUAUUUUAUGUGGAGUUUAAUAAUUUGUCUGCAUGGAAUAACUUGUCUUAAAUAAUUGCUGCCUCUGCAUUUUUGUACCUCAGUUUAUUUGUACUGACCCAGUCCUCACACUCGGGUGUAAAAUAUUAAGAUCUGUUUUCACUG